AAAGAUUGCUCAUUUUUAGAUGACAUUUUAAAUGGUCUUAAGGAUGUGCAACCCCAAGCAGUCAUAUACCAGAUAUUGAGGGGUGAUGAUUUCAAAAUAGACUCAUGUUUGUCUGCAUAUCAGCCACCUUUCAUGUAUGUGGACAGUGUUAAUUUGAAAUCAGAUAUGUGUACCGAUGUCUUUCAGUCAUUCUUGGACAACAUUAGUUUGACUUCGGAACUAUGCCAAGCAUUAGAACGAUCGACACGGGGCCAGGGUUCUAAUCAAAACUGGCUGAAGGCUAGGACUUGCCUAAUAACAGCGUCUGUGAUGGGGGAAGUGUGUCGCAGGACUACAGUUGCACCAGACAAUUUAUUGAAAAAAAUUUGUAGUUAUACUAAUGUCCCAAAAUAUGUCAAGAGUAUUGGAUAUGGGAAUGCAAAUGAAUCCGUUGCAUUGGCCAAGUACAUGCAGAGUCAUCUGCAGACAUGUGAUGAUGUCAUCGUUGAAACUUGUGGCCUUUUAGUAAGUGCAAAAUAUCCAUUUCUAGGUGCUAGUAUUGACGGGCUUGUUACUUGCUCUAAGUGUGGCACAGGCCUAGUUGAAAUUAAGUGUCCUUAUGGGAGUGACAAAUCUGAUAUUCACUGGAGAAAUAUGCCCCCGAUGGACUGUGCUAGGGACAAGAAUUUUUUUUGUCAAAUAUUAAAUGGCAAGUUAACAUUAAAGGAAUCGCACAAUUAUAUGUUUCAAAUACAAGGACAAAUGGCUGUUUAUGAACUGUCUUGGGUAGACUUUGUUGUAUAUACAAAGAAAGACAUUAACGUUGAGCGAAUUAGAUUUUCCCCAACAACUUGGGAAAUGAUCUGA